AUGGCCACGCCGGACUCCCUCAGUGCCAUACCUCUCUGGUACCGCCUCUUCUUCUUGUAUAUCGAGCCCAUCUCCACCAUUGUCGGCGCAGUAUACGCUCAAUUCUAUCCUUUCACUUACCUGCAGUUGACACAUGCACGAUCCGCCCCUGCGUCCACUGAUGCCAUUCCCGAAGGCACACGCAUCGUUCUGAGCCAACUUGCAAACCUAUACUUCGCCUUCACCCUGAACGAAGCUCUCGUGCUACGCACCACCUCGAACAUACGGGUGUGGAAGGUACUUCUUUUAGGCCUUUUGAUUGCAGACUUUGGGCAUAUAUUCACAGUUCACUCGCUGGGCGUGCAGAUUUAUUGGCAAUUCUGGACAUGGAAUGCCAUUGACUGGGGCAAUCUAGGUUUCGUGUACUUGGGGGCUCUGUCAAGAUCGUGCUUCAUUCUGGGUGUAGGGCUGCCCACACGUCAGAAGAGCGUCAAGACUCGCUAG